AUGGCACUCCAGUGUGCCGACCCGCUAGCGGACGAGCUCGCACUUGAAUGGGGGGAAGAUACAAUCUAUUGCGAAGCGACUUGCGACCCUAGUGAUGUAUUUUACGAAGGAUCGGAAGACGAAGAUUACGACAAUCCUGACUCACGAAAACUUCGAUAUGAAGCAGCAGGCCAACGAUUUCUUGAGGGGAAAGUACCACUUAUUGUAACAGCGACCCUUAAAGGCCCCUUUCAAUCAAACUCGACAAAUUGGUUGAAUCCGUGGAGGUCAAAACACCGUACUGCUGGUACCUCGGCAAUAAUUAGGACCUCACCUGGGAAGUUGGCAAGAUCAGCCAGGGUCAAGCGCAUUUCUUCGAUACCAGAGACACAGCUUCCGCCCCACGACCGUUUGGAAUGCCACCUCCCGAGCCCCGAAAGCCUGAACCGGACUUCUGAGACCGAAACGCAUCCUUACCUGGAGGAUGACGAGUUGGUCAAGGUUCAACAAUGGAGGGAUACUGUCAAGUCGGAGAAGGGACAGAGAGAUGAGUUCUGGACGUCUGCCACGCAAACAUCAACAUCUGAGAGAAAGAGAAAAGCAAAUGGUUCUUCGUGGCUAAAACUAUUGGCGAGUAAACGUCAACGAAAAGACAUCAUGGAGUCGGGGUCCGUCGACACUCCAAUACGACACAGGCCUCAAGUUCUAACACCAACGACUCAUACGAUGUAUAAAUCCAUUACAAGUGCACCUGAUCACUUGCCGUCCUCAUCCAUCCCAGCAGGUCGGUUUUUCUCACAUGCCAGGGAUGAGCCUGAUGUUUCGGAAGACGAGCUGUCUCGUGGUGAGACCACACCGGAUGAUACUUCUGCAGACUCCUCGUCGCCCUUGUCGCAAUUGCAGUACACUCCAGUUCUGGACCUAGAAGCCAGCUUCCUAUCACAAAACACCCCUGAGCAACAAACACCAAGCAAGACUCCAGGAACCCAGCAGCGGUCCAUUUCCGGACAUCUGGUUGCGGAGCCACAGAGUGCUUUAUCAAACAAAAACAUCACUGGAACAGCUUUUGAGACACAGGAAGAUGAAAGUUUUUGCUUCAAAAUGCGACCAAGGAUCGGUCAAGUUCCCAAAUCCACCUCGGAACAAGACGAAUCUAAGGUUGAAGACAACGAAGACUCUUGGUCUGGAAUAUCAUCCCCCGACCAAUAUAUGGAUAGUAUUGCUUCUGUAUCUGAACUGGAAGAUAGUACGCCAGUAGAGGAGCAUAUUAUCCCUCCAAUCUCGAAGUCGCUCGCGGAUACAGGCUCAUGUAGCACUACAAACCCAUUAGUAUCAACUUCUAGUGGAAAUUUCGAUGAGACUGAGCAUCUCCAGGAAUCAACGGAUACCACUACCGGCUCGUCAUCCUCAACGACCAGUUCAGCAACUUCUGAUUCUGGUCUUUCUGAUGAAUCUCGGUCCAACUCCUCGACCUCUGUUGCUCCAGGACCUGUUGACGAACCCCAGCGAGACCAUGGCGCCCAAGAUGUGGAUAUGCAAGAGGCACCUGAGGACGAGGAGGACUUGGCUAUUGCCGAGCAUCUGGAGGCUAGUGGAACUGAGCCAGGGGAAGAAUCUGAUGAGGAGGAUGAGGGCGAACACGAGAGCGAUGGGUCUAGCAAGGAGAAUACCCCGGACAUCAAAUCACCAUCGGCAACGUCCAACAACAAGACGCCACAAAUUUCAACUGUAGAGCAAGAGGCUAAGACAACACUUUCUGAAACCGGUUCACUAAACCCCCAUAGUUGCAAUCUCCCGUCUGCAACAGCGAGCCUUCCGCAACAAACAUGGACUAGUGGAGGAACCACCACUUUGUCGAGUCCAGCACCGAACCCUGUGAUUGUCCAAGAGAACCAAAUAGAAGUUAAUUCCACUCACUCAACUCCCAAGACGACAACCACUGAGCGGGAUUCUAACGCAAGCCAGCCAUGGAAUCACGACACUUCUCCGACUAUUGUCAAUACUCCUAUACAUGAACAUACGAAGCAGCAACUGGAUCAAUUGGCUUCCAAGGAACAUGUACCAGUUCCUUUCUCCCAACAGAGCCCAUGGGUUCAGCAUGCUAUGCUGCCUCUUGGCUUGUCACACACGAAAGACCAAGGAUUGAAGCAAGCGGAAACGAAUGUCGCUGUAAUUCCAACCAGUCCAGAGCAGACUGCUUGGACGGACAAGGCGGCGGAUCCACCAGUCAACCUUUUCCAGAAUACACCUAUUGCUGGAAAGAGGGAUCAAGUGCUUCACGAGUCGGCUACACCGAUGAUCGGGGCUAAAGUCAACGCCCAGACACGAGAGGGUUGUAUAGCUGCGACUCCCGUUAUGACACUAACACCUGAGCCUCAAUUCUCGGUCAAGUCAUUUGCCUCUUUUAGAUCACUUUCUCCUGAGCGCAGCUCUCGUCGAGCUAAGCGUGCUGUUUUGAGGAAGUCUGGAUCUGGCCUUCCUAGCACGCAGGCUGUCUUGGCUUCAGCAACCAAGAAUCCCUGGGAGAGCGAGAGUUCUGAGCGCCGUGUCUCCUUCGCACCAUUACCCAAUUGGCGAGCCUCGGAAUCGAGCAUGCCUGCAACGCCUUGCCCUUCUCUCAUCAGACGUCAAGGCUCUCCACCGCCUGAUGCCCCUACGUCCGAACUGCCCACAUCAGAAGGUGACAAGUUCCAGAAACACUUCAAGGCCGUCUCUCAAGGACCCAUCAUCCGUCGUCAUCAGCGUCUCUUGCCGUCAGAAUCACAGCGCACUGUCGGUAGCCCCUUGCCAGAUGCUAUGGCAGACACGUUCCUUGCAGCAGACCAGUUGCGACAGCCGGUAACUUCUACAGAUCCUACUAAGAGCGAUCAAGAAACCGAAGAGUCGCAGGAUCCGCUUGACAUGGUCGCGGACAUUAUGCUGGAAGAAUUCAAUUGCGUUGGUGACACGAACACCAUGAUACAAUCACCUGGAUUGACUCAGGGUCACCAGAGCCCAUGGUAUUAA